UAUUAUCUCUCUCACUCUCGAAAUUUUUCACUUUCUUUUCCUACCCAAAUACGUUUCUCUGGAUCCAUACUCUCCAAAACUCCAAACCCUAUUAUAACCUCUUCGUUCUUUCGAUACUUCUCAUUCCAACGUAGAAAGCUUUCACCCCACUUCUCUAUCAGUGCCUUUCCAACCAGUAGGGAAGGCAUGUGAGAGCUGUUUGAACCAGACUGUAUUUGUUGCUUCAAAAAGUUACACCGGUUUUGUGGUUCUCUGGGUGCGAAGAAUGGGUAAAUGCAAGGGUUGUGGGAAAUUAGGAAGAAUGGUGCCAAGGGACGGAUCUUUAAGCGCUUAUGACUCUGCUCUUCUGUUGUCUCCUAUUGUUUCUGUUUGGGACUGCAUUGUUCGUAAAAUGAGGUAUUCUUACAGACCUGAGUGGGUGUAGUUAUCAAGGUUGUCACACUAUAUUAGUUCUUCAUACUGUGUCCUAUUAGAAUUUACUUAGUAUUAAAGAGAAAAAGAAAAGAAAAGAAAGGGAAAGAACAGUUAUAGGGAAAUGUAUAGAUUUUGAGGAGUUCACUUGAAUAGAAGUGGAUUAAAGGCAACUGAGUAGGCUGUUAGUUUUAAUGGAUAGCAUGGGAUGUAAUAAAGUGCAAUCUGUCAUGAGAAAAGGGAAAAAGAAGCAGGUGAAAGAUGAAGUCGAUCGUAUGAAACAGGCUGAGAAGAAAAAGAGGCGCUUGGAGAAAGCCCUUGCUACUUCUGCAGCCAUCAUUUCUGAACUAGAAAAGAAGAAACAGAAAAAGAAAGAAGAACAACAGAGGCUUGAUGAAGAGGGUGCUGCCAUCGCUGAGGCUGUUGCUCUGCAUGUCUUACUUGGUGAAGACUCAGAUGAUUCAUGUAAGAUUGUUCUAAACAAAGAUGAGGGGUUCAACACUUGGGACUGUCCUCACAAUAUUGACCUCUUUGUGAGUGGAAGUAGAGCUGGCUUUCCUUACUCGGAUUCUGCCAAGCACUCAUUUGAAGGAAUUGGGUGGGUCUCUAAUGCUUAUAGAUCUGGAUGCAACUGGGGUGGCUUGGAGAGCGGUGACUGGUCAUUCUCAUCUGGACCUUUUGCAAGGGAGGAUCUUCCUGCCUCCUAUUUUGAGGAAGCAGGUUGGGAGGCUACAGGAUUCUCUGCUGGUCUUAUUGCAGCACAGGCUGUUUCAUCCCUACAGAUUGCAGAGGAUGCUCAUGAAGACACAAUUGUCCUGAAUGGAAUGCUAAGAGGGUAGAAUCGUCAGUUUAAGUCAUAUCAUUACUUGCAGGAGUGAUCGUAUGAGUUAAUUAAUAUUUUGUAUAUAUAUUUCAUGAAUGUAUCCUUUGUUAUUCAUAAGAUGCGCGUUUUGCUUCCUGAAUCUUGAACCAAUGUGAAGUGUCAUCA